AUGGCACCGCCGUGCGGCCGCGGCGCCCCGCCGCUGGUCCUCAUCGCGCUCUCCGCGGCGUUCCUCACCUACAACGCGCUCCUCUCGUCCCGCUCCGUCCCGCCCCUCCCCACCUCCUUCCCCGACGCCACCGCCGCCUUUUCCUCCUCAUCCCGCUCCCGCCGCCUCGCCUCUGACGGUAGCGGCGGGCCGAGGCCGUUCCACACCGCGGUGACCGCCUCCGGGUCCGUCUACAACACGUGGCAGUGCCGCGUCAUGUACCACUGGUUCAAGGAGGCGCGGCGGCAGGCGCGCGGCGCCGACAUGGGCGGCUUCACCAGGAUCCUGCACUCCGGGAAGCCCGACGAGUUCGUCCGCGAGAUCCCCACCUUCGUCGCCGAACCACUCCAGGAAGGGACGGAUCAGGGAUACAUUGUUCUUAAUAGGCCCUGGGCAUUUGUUCAAUGGCUACAGAAGGCAGACAUACAGGAAGAAUAUAUCUUGAUGGCAGAGCCAGAUCAUCUUAUUGUCAAGCCUAUCCCAAACUUAUCAAGAGAUGGCCGUGCAGCAGCUUUCCCUUUCUUCUAUAUAGAGCCCCAAAAAUUUGAAAAACUGUUGCGUAAAUUCUUUCCUGAAAAUAAAGGGCCAAUAACAAACAUUGAUCCCAUAGGAAAUUCUCCUGUCAUCAUUGAGAAGGAAUCUCUUUCUAGGAUUGCACCGACAUGGAUGAAUAUGUCGUUAGCCAUGAAGAAAGAUCCUGAAGCAGAUAAAGCUUUUGGAUGGGUUCUUGAAAUGUAUGCAUAUGCUCUAGCAUCAGCUCUGCAUGGAGUGGGGAAUAUCUUACACAAGGAUUUCAUGAUUCAGCCACCAUGGGACUUGGAAAUUGGUGAUUCAUAUAUCAUACAUUAUACUUAUGGGUGUGAUUAUGAUAUGAAGGGUGAAUUGACUUACGGCAUAAUUGGAGAGUGGAGGUUUGACAAAAGAUCCUACGAGAAUAAACCUCCUCCUAGAAAUUUGCCAUUACCUCCGAAUGGCGUACCUAGAAGUGUGGUGACACUUGUGAAAAUGGUGAAUGAAGCAACGGCCAACAUACCCAACUGGGAAUCUUAUGCAGCCGAGUGACCUUGUAUAAUCUGAUACUUGGCAUGUCCAUUCAAUUUUGUCCCCUCACCGCUGAAGCUUGGACAACUGGUUCAUAUAUAGGCUUACCCAGAGCUGUUGACACCAUACAUUUCUGUUUGGAUCACCAA